AUGGUGGACAGGCUUGGUAGGUUCGAAUAUUAAUUUCUCCUUUUAAAAUGUUUUUUAGUUAACAGUGAAGUUAAUGCGCGCAGAGUCGCAAAUGUCGAGCAAUGUUUCGGAAAAAUGGGCGAGGCUUUGAAUACGUAUGGACGUGUGCUUGUCGGCGAAGGUGUUCUUGUAAAAAUGUGCAGGUAUUUUUUUACUUUUUAAAGAUUCGGAUUUUUUUCUUCAAUUACUACAAUUUUAUGAGUUCUUCUUUUCAGUAAAAAAACGUCUUAAAUGUUGCUUUUUCAGAAAGAAGCCCAAGCAACGCCAAUUCUUCUUGUUCAAUGAUAUUUUUGGUCUACGGCAAUAUUGUCAUAUCUAAAAAAACGGUUAGUUUUUUUCUCUUUUUCGAUGAGAGUAUUGGCAGAAAAAUUGAAUAAAAUUGACAAAUUUUUCAGUUACAACAAGCAGAGGAUUAUUGGGUUGGAGAGCGUUCAGUUAGAGGAUUUGCCCGAUGAUGGAAGUUAGUUUAAUUAAUUUUUUUCUAAUUAAUUUUUUUCAGCUUUUCUAAUUAAAACUCAUUAUUCCCGAAUAUUCAUCAAAAAAAAUUUUUUUAGAAAAAAAUAUAGGAAUUUUUUUGCUAAUUUUUUUGUCAUAUCUGAUAAAGUAUGGAUGAACGGAUAUAGUAUAAUUCGCUGAUUUUAAGGAUUAAAAAACUGUUUCACGUCUAUUUUUUUUUUAAAUUUAUACACCAGACUAUCUUUCAACAGUUAUAAUUCUUUCUUUGACUUUUUUUCACUGACCUAAUGACUUCAAAAACGAGAGAAUGCAUUGUUUUAGAGCGAAUAAACCAACAUUUUCAUUUUACAAGAUUUUUUGUGUAUCCCCUGAACGCAAAAAAAAAAUCGUGAUUUUGCUUUCGAAAAAAAAAGAUGACUGUCAAAGUACUUACUGAAAGAUCAUCUAUCCUCUCAAGAAAACCAAUUUUGACUUCUUUUCUGUCAGACGCGAAGAACGGCUGGGUCAUCAAAACGCCAGCCAAAUCUUUCGCCGUUUACGCGGCCACAACGACUGAAAAGCGGGAAUGGAUGAUCCACAUCGAACGUUGCGUCAGUGAAUUGCUUGAGCGAGGUUUUGAAGCUCAAAAUUCAUAGAGUAAAAGUCGUUUUCAGGCAAUAAGAAGGCCGCGAAAGCUCAUGCGGCCGUUUGGGUACCUGACGGAGAAGCUUCGCGUUGUAUGGCUUGCGGCCGGACUCAGUUCAACAUUGUUCAACGUCGGGUUCGUUUUAACACUAGAUUAGCAAUUUUCAUAGAUUUUUCGAUUAUUAAAGGGUAUCUUUAAAUUUUUAAUUUAUCUUCAAAUACCUUCUUGCCUUUCUCAGUUAUUUUUUGUCUUGAAAGCUGGGCUCAGACAUAGAAAGUCUUAAAUUUUCUCUUGGUACACGGUAAUCAAGAGUCAAAGUCUGUUCAUAUUUUGAAUGUGAAGUUGAGCUCAAGCCCCUCCCCUAAUAUCGCUAUUAGAAAAUUAAAGAACGAAAAUUCUACAGACGUUUUCGAAUGACGUCAUUGUAACUGAAUUCCAAAAUCUGAACAAACUAUAUGGUAGCUUUUAUUGAGGUUUCGGUUUUCUCGAUUUCUCUCUUUUCCUGUAGAUUCCAUUGAAACCUAAGAAGGGCUUCUUUUUUUAUUUUCAACUGACAAUUUUACUUUUUAAUGUUAUAAAGGGAUCAACUCCUGACAGCUGAGCCACACUUAUGGUAUAUUUUGAAACAGAAAUGAGAAGUUUCCAGCAUCACUGUCGUUCCUGCGGUCAUGUCGUCUGUGCGGCCUGCUCUUCACAUACGUUCCGUCUGGACAACGUCCAUAAAAAGCCUGUUCGCGUCUGCGAUGCGGUAAUUUUCUAUUUUAGUGACUACUUGGACCAUAAACAAAGUAGAAAGAGAUUUUACGCUUCCGAUAUAUACGAUCGACAUCGAAAAGUCAUUUUUUAAAGUUUUUCUGGAUCAGCUGUUUUUUUUCCAUGAAAGAUUGCUAUCUAGGUUAAAGUAGAAAAAAAUUUGCAUUUUAGGAAAGGAAAGAUUGGAAUAUUGGCAAUCGUCCCAAAUUUGCGUGCCUUGAAAUCUAAAUAAAGUUCUCUUUUUUUAUUGAUUUAUUUGUUCCCCCUUCGAAAGUUUGUGAAAUUCAGUGUUUCAAUCGUCUUUCCGCCUCGAUGGGAACGACCCGGACCCGCACUUCGAGCGGAUCUUCUUCGUCUCCACUGUCCAAUCAUCCCGCAGAAGAACCGCACAUAGAUAGUUCCUCGGAAAGUGACGGCGAAAAUCGAGAUUCUGAUGGCGCCAAUAUUUCCACUGAUAGUCGGGUGAGAAUUUAUCUUUUUUUUGUCUCUGAAAAAUUUAUCGAUUUUCUAAAUUUUACUUUCUAGGCUCAAUUUUCAAAGAUACCCAUUUUUGCUUCUUCUCUUACGAUCUUAAAAAAAUUUCAACAGUUUUGGAUUUUCAGCCAACGUUCUACCGAGAGGAAGUUGUCGCCUUGUGA